AUGAAGUUCCUUUGUGUAUUAUUUGCGAUUGUGUGCGCAGUGGCAGCGCAAGAGUAUUAUGUGGAACUUGUUGAUGAUGGCUACCCAGAAUGGUACCUAGAACCUCAAAUGAGGGUACGCCGUGAUCUCACAGUAGACCAAAAAGUUGGGGAAAAUGGUAAAGUUUUUGGAACCCUUGGAGCCAAUGACGAUGGAUUAUUCGGUAAAGGAGGAUAUGAACAUCAGUUCUUCGAUGACAACAGAGGAAAGCUAACGGGUCAGGCAACUGGUACCCGAGUUCUAGGACCUCUUGGAGACUCCUCUCACUUCGGAGGAGGCUUGAACUGGGAAAACUCCAACGCUGCUGCCUCACUGGAUGUUAGCAAACAGAUUCAUGGACCCACUUCUUGGUCUGCGGCUGGUGGUGGAAAAUGGCCAGUCGGUAAGAACGGCGAUAUCUCCCUUCAAGGCACUUACGAUCAAAUUUCUGGACGUCGACCUGAUUACGGCGGCAGAGCCGUCUACAAUUACAAUUGGUGA